AUGAGGGCUGCAUCAUGGAACACCGAAGAACGUUCUCUCCUUCGCAAGUGGCACACACUCGCUCCAGCGAGCAGCAAUGUUGCGGUGUUGGUUACAAGUCUCAGCGUGGAGGGCCUCGCUUGGACUCACGGAACAGGACGCAGUCGAAUGCUGUGUCUCGAGACCAGGGCGAGACCGACGCUGCUGGUACCAGUAACCGCAGGGACACUCUGUCCUCGCUCUGUCUGGCAGCCUCCUGCGGAAGACGUGAGCGUUCCCGUUGACGAGAAGAGACAACCAUCCGAUCUUGUGUCUGCACUCCCCGAAGACGCUCGCCCGCCGUGUAACGCGGCUGGGAAUGCCGGGGAAGGACCUGAUCAAAGACCUUUCGACAGCUCGUCUGAACGCGGAGUGACGGUGCCCUUCAUUUCUCGCGCCGCCGACGAAGAUGGAAGCACCAUUGCAGCGCGUGCAGAAUGUGGGUCCGUUCGGCAUGCGAGACGGCAAGCCUCAGAGACCCACGACUGUCCACAGACUCGGUUCAGCCGUAUGUCGGGCAUGUCGAGUGGCAAGCGUCAGAGACCAGAAUGCACCGGCUUUGUGAAGCUUACGCCAGGUUCUACACUACCGCCCCGUCCCCCGCCAGCACCGUCCUGGGAAGUGGGGGCGGCCAAGCGCUCAUGGCGCACGACGGGGGGAGGGGUCCGUAGUGGUCUUCGAAGUCCAUGCAGUUUUUCCUCUAAUCAGCAUGAGACAGCCGCAAGCGCCGACGAGUGGGGAAGCAGCGCAGGGACCUCCCUGUCUGCCGGUUUGGAGAAGCAUCAAGAAACUCCCCGUUUGCCUGAACAUGAACACAUUGUCGUCGCCGCAACCGACAGCGCAGAAUUCUUUGACAGCGCGUAUACAUUGGAUCCGAUAAAAGCCAGUGAGGAUCAUGAAUUGCAGAAUGCUGUACAGGUUGACCCCCAGGAGCUGCCAGUGCCGUCGGAUAAAAUUGAUCAGAUGAUAUCAUCACGACUUCCACCGUCUGAGAGACUAAAGAGAGAGGGAACAGGGCUCCGGUCACGCCAACACGAAGAAUGGCGCCUUCAUCGGCAUGAGCAGCGCGCGCUGCCUUUCCGUGCGCGCAGCGAGGCAGGACCUCUUUGCAAGGCCUGCCGGCGCGGUGGUAUGCCUAGCUCGGUGAUACGACCAUCCCGGGGUAGAGGCCCUCCGGCGGUGAACAGACAUGCUAGCUAUCAUAAAGGACGGGCCAGUGUUCUCAGUCACAGCAGUUCGCGACCAUCUACCGAGUCAUGUGAGGGGCAGUCAGUGCCAAGCGACUGGAACCGAUCGACAGAACCGGCACGCCCUCAAGCGUGCUCAGGCCCUUCGGAAAGCUCCAACCAUGGACAACGCCAGACCCGUGACUUCAUUCUCAGGUCUGUGCUUCGGCGUGCCCGGGCCUCGAACCCGAAGGCAACACAUUUGAAAGUGUUUCUAGUGAACUGCGGAGCGACAACGACUGUGCCUCGAUCUCAACUCGGGCUUGACAAAAGAUGGCCUGGCCAGUCUUGCAAGACGCCGCAGGCGGCGAAUGGCGCCAGUGCGCCACGCGGCCCUCGUACUGACCUCGCAAAUCAUGGUUCGGCAGCUGACGGUGCAACGGAGGGUCUCUGGAAGUCUGAGAUGAGUGUGAGCUCCCCUUGUGGCAAGCUGAGCCGGUUGAAGGAACAACAGUCGCAAGGCACUUCGAAGGAUUGGGAGAAUGUCCAACAGCUCGUGUCUGAUGGAGAUGGAGACCCACGGGCAACUAAUUCGUCCACGGUUUCUUCCAACAUGCCAGAUCAAACGUCACCUCUUUGGGUUGAUUCAGAAGGGAAUACGUUGAAGAGUGAGACGUGGGCGGAUCACGCGAGGGUGGAACAUAUUUCCACAGGCUCAUCCGCAGGCUGUCCGGCGAGCAUUCAAGAGGAUCUCGUUGAGGUGCUAAGCAGCGAGGGCCAAAAGCAAGCAAUUGCUGCCGCAAAGCUUCUCCGCCCUAUGCGGUUUGCGAUGAUCUACUGUAGUGAUGACAUUCCAUGUCAGGAAAUGAAGAAUGUCAUCCUUACAGUAAACCGAGAAAGCCCGUACGUAGACGACAGGAGGUUGCACAGCAGGAAGAAAGGCGAGCUCGCGAACGUAUCAAAUGCUGAAUUUGUGCGGAGAGCGACAAAGGCAGGCUUUACCAAGGAAACAUUUCGCCCUCCAGGCGGGGAAAGCUUGGAGGAUGUCCGCGAGCGUAUGGUUGUUUUCUUCUUGGAAGCUCUCGUUGGUGAAUUUCUUCUCACCCUGGAUCUGAAAGACUUCAUAGCGAAGGCAGCAAUGGAUCAGCAGCGCGCAAUAGCACGCGGAAGCUUAUGUGCUGUCCAAAACCUGGAGGCCCACGCAUCUCUACGGUUGCCCAUACCACAGUCUUCUUCACCAGAACUGGGCACCCAAAGUUGUCUUGCCUCAAGUGCAGGCAGACGCUCCAGACGGCGGAGAAGGCGGCGGAAGAGAUUUGGUGUUGCCGGUUCUUUGGAUGGCGAGGCAGACAAUGACCAUGAGUCGCGAUCUGUCGCAGGCCCUGGGCGGACGAUUGAGGCGGCUGAGGUGCAUAACCAUAUCUGUGAUGGCACUGAUUUGUCAUGCGGCGUACGAAGGACUGCAGUGAGAGCGACGGAACAGAUUUUGGAAACCGACUUGGGACGGGAAGCAUAUGAGGAAGUAGAGUUCUCGAGCGUUGCGUCAUGUGCAUCUACACUGUAUCAAAAUGCUCUCUCGACAGACGACGAGGAGCACUGCUCCCAGGGUGAGUGCUCUCUGGUGGAUACGCAACAUGAGGAAGCUGUGCUCCCUAGCGUUACUGUUGGAGGGUGCCGGAUUCUCGAAAAGGCAGCAAAAUCGAAGAAGGCGUCGGCUAGAUGUCUUCCGUCAGAGGCAGUUCAGCCCAUCAGCAGGAUGUCCUAUGAGCUUCGAGGCGAUGAAUCCCUCGUCAACAAGGCAUGGGUAGGAGGUGCAACACUAGCAAGAACGACUAGCGGUUCGAAGGGGACAUCAAGCUGUUCGCCAGCGAAUACUGUACAUCAGUCUGCGGUUCCUGACGCUGAGGAGAACAGUGCCGACGACCCGCAGACGACGGUAGGGUCAAGUACGGGGACUACUGCGAGGCGUGGUCAGCCUGGUAAAUCAGGUUUAGCUAACGGUGUAGAAGACGCAGACGAUGCUUGUAUGUAUUCGGCGGCAUUCAAGGACGCCCGCUGUGGCACAUACGCCAGGCAUAGGGACGCCGACGACGACGAUACAGAGGCAAACAGCCCUGGCGCGUCUAUCCUCGCGCUCCAGUCCACAAACCCGGCGGCUGCAGCCCCCGGUGUCACAUACGGGCAAGGCGCGCCGGUUUUGUCUAAGGCUCGGGCAGACGACUGGUUCCUUCCGCUGUCGGUUUCGCCGGCUACUGAUUCCCACAAUGUCCAGCCACUGCCGCCUCUGUCUGAGGAGCAAAAGAGCAUGUUCACGCAGUUUCUUUUUUUUGAUGAAACGGCGAAAUUUGCCAGCUCGAGCCGUAAGUCUGGUUGUGGCAUAAUCAACGAGGGCAUGGCGGCCAACGCUAGGGAAAAUCAAGCUGAAAUGGCUGGUGCUCACCAUGUGGGCAGCAGUGCAGUGACACAGGCAACGGCUGCGGACAUUAAGCAGUUGGAUUCAAGCAUGUCACAGGGAUCGCAGAGGCUGACCCGUGGCGGUAGUGGAGGCCGGCAGAGUGCUUUUGCGUCAACAAAUGUGCUGGCCUCGACUCAAGUAGAGGGCCACCGCCAGGCGUUAGCCGGCGACAAGCAGCGAGAGUUAGCGCGGUCUCGAGAGGACGACACCACCGGAAAAGCAAUUUUCUUUGGUGCUGGGGGCGCAGGAAUUGAUGUAGAGAGUACAUUUGCCUUCAGCAGCCCUCAGCAGAUAGAGGAGCUGUCUGAUCUUCAUGAGAGGCUCCAUCUCGACACUGAAAAAGAGACUUCACAAUCGCGUUGUGCGUCAAGAGAAAAAUCCGGCCACGCCACCGACAGACAGACGAAGAUAUGCCCUGAAAUGGCAUGGCAGCAAGAGUUGUGUGGCGACGAAGACGGUCGCAGAUGCGAAGCAGGCUGUGGUUGCGAAUGUCAAGACCUCCAACAUCUGAAGGCUUCCGGGCGUGAUCGGGAUCAUGUUGGCUCCAUUACGUGGCGGAACAAGACAAACGCGCGCUCUCUCACGUUAUGGCCGCCUGAUUUCCGAGGUGAUGAAACUACUGCAGGCUUGCUGCAGGUGACUGGGACAGCCUCGUGGCGUUCCAUGGACAUCUCCACGGGUGUCCAAUCCGUCAUCGGCGGUGAACCCGAUAGCCGCGCUCCAGCAGUUAGCGGCACCGUUAUUUCUUCCUCGCAAGGAUCUCAAGGCAGUGUAGAUCACUGCACAAGUGCCGCAAGCAUGAAAACCGCCAGUUGUGGGCGGCAGCUCCAAUUGGAAUGGCUAAUGGGAGCGCCGCCGGCGGAUAAGCAGCCGCUCAAUGCGCAACGAAGAAGGUCCAUCCACAGUGUGGCCGGUGGGCCAUUGCUCGCAGGGAGAACCACUGCUUUUGGUGGCCACAAGGCAAAAGAUUUAGUUGAGCCCCAGCGCACAGCGAACGCAGGGGAUGCUUCAACCCCUGAUGCGUUUAACAGUCAGUAUUUUCGUCAGGGGUGUGGAGAAACACGGUGUGUCCGCUGUAUUCUGAGCCAGACACCCUGUACGGGACUUCGAGCAGGAACCAUCCGACCCCGUAACGUACACCGGCGCUGGUCGUGGCCUCCUCUGCCAUACCACGGAAUCUAUGCAAACCGCGCAUGUAAAAACCACCUUGAGGACGUGAAAAGAAGGCUUGAGCUAGGUUCGCUGUCACAUUGGCGCAUGGGCAAGUUGUAUCGGUCGAUGUCUUCUGUGAUGGAGGUCCUUGCUAAUCAGGAGCAGGAGCAGCGCACCCCGCCUGCGGAAUUGCUGCCGAUUUUUCAAGAUGGUGGUGGACUAGAGAAGGAGAUGAAUCGCCGAGGAACGCAUCAGCGCAGGCUGCAGAUCGCAAAGCGAGGUGCAGGGUCUCCGCCCACACUGAGUCCCAUUUUACAUCGUCAAACUCCUUCAGGUGCCAGCCCCUCUGCCCGUGGGGAAAUCCCAUCUUCGGAUGGACGCAAGCGUCGCUGUGCGACUCGUCGGUGUCGGGCCGCUCUGAUCACUAUUGAGACGCGACAGCACUUUGACAGCCUUAGGCAACGGCAGAAAUCCCUUUACAAAUCGUGCUUAGCAUCCAAGGAGGGCGACAGCCAAGGGUGUGAAUAUGGCGCCGUAGAAAGCCAUGACGGGUGUAACCUGCGUUGCGCCGCCUCGCGCUUUGUGACUGAGCUAGUGCAUUCUCUCGCUAACGGGAUGGCCGAAUGCGCCACUGCCGGUUUUUCUGUGUCUCUCUCGCCAAUAGGUGGCCACGAGUUCAGUUCUACCGGAAGUGGAACAAGCAAUCACGAUUCUAGCAGCAGCAAUGACGACAGCGAUGGCUUCAGUGGCACCGGCAACGAAGGCAACUCGGGAGCAGUUGCAUGUUUGACGGGGGUGCCAGUUACUGGGUCUCCUGGUUCCUCCAUCUGUUCUGCAGCGAGGCAAGAGAAAGGUGGAACCGAUCUCCGGAACACAUGCGGCGCUGUCCAGCAUUCCUGCGAGGGAGAGCACGUGGAAAACUAUCGCAGUGAGCGUUCCAGUGCAGCAAAGUGUGGCAGGAGCUCCACUGUGCAAGAGCAAACGGCGCGGACCGUCGCGUUGUUUCGCGGGUUCGAUUGGAGGCAGUGGAGUGGCAACUUGUUGGUAUCGUUGCUGGAGCAGAUCGGGCCGUAUCCGAGCCACAGCGAGGUAGAAACUCAGAGCUCACCAGAGGACAGCAAGGCUGAUGAAGCACCGCUCGAUAUCAAAUCUGUAACAAACGGCACGCCAGCGGAUGUAACCGUGCGCCGGGGAACAACGUUUCUCGCAUCGCUCGAGGAAGGAACACGAAAAGAAGCAGGUGUUGCCGGGAGACUGUGGGAUAAUGGUCAUGCACGAAUAUCACAGGGAAGCUGCAAAGUUCUUCUGUUGAUGAAACGGACAGUGGCCCAGUGCGUAGCAGCCAGCAUGCUUUCAGGAGCGUGGCUUCCACCAGGAACCUCGUUCGAAGCUGGUCAACCACCGGCGUGGCUUGGCGGAAGCCACCUCCCGCGGUCCAUCACGGGACUUGGAACCGAGCGCCACAGCAGCGAGAAGUUAGACGCUGAACGUGGCAGCGAGAGAAGCGGCUCUCUAGCGGUUUUGGUGAUCACGCAUGAUUGCGCAAUACGAGAGCUUCUGCAGGCGUUGUGCGGCCGUCGUUUCGGCAAUACUAUCAAGGCAGGAAGUAUUACUGUACUGGACGUGUACACAAGGCGAACUGGAAACGCAAAACUACAAAGAAGUUUAAGGCGACGGCGCGCCGAAGCAUGGAUGUGGCUCACUGGCCGUGGCUCGAAUGGUCCCUGUGUCGGGAACGAUCGGGACCAUAAUUCCGACACAAGGUCUUACGCGGUCAACAACUUUGAAAAACCACCCUUUGAGCAGAAGACCGUCGACGGAUGCGCAGAAGCCGGUUUCGCCAAGGUUUCUUCCGACCAACAGCCUUCGACUGCUCUGCCGAGUCUGCCGUUCGCGAAAACUAUAUAUGAAGAGGAAAGCCGCCCUGUGCCGCAGAUGCCAGGAGUCCCCGACGUUGGGGUUAUGCUUUGCACCGGAGAUGGAGAUGGAACUUCCGACAGCACGAUGCCCCUGCAAUUGGAAAAUGUUUGUGAAUCUGUGGAUGGGUAUGUGGAGUCCCCCAGUGCCGACGGUGCGCGUGCAUCCAGUACCUCAGGGCGUCAGGAGAGCUCUGGAGAAUCGAAUUUUCAGGAGGCAAGGGACAUGGGUCUUAAAGAACUGCAACGGAUUGGUCACGGCGGUUGUGCGCUUCAUGAUGGAAGCGACGACUGCAGUGGCCAGUGGCCACCUAAAGAAGAUAGGACCACCGUCUGCAUCCCACAUCGGAAAUACGAUGUCGCGGAGCACGGCCGGUACCAUCAUCAAAUAAAUUUCUCCGAAGAAACCUGGUGCCGAACAUUCCAGAAAGAAUCUAUUGAUAGUUUCAACUCCGGCUCGAUUAUUGAAGAUUCACGUCAAGGAGAAGGCAGCUUGCCGGAACAAGGGAAGCGUUGUCCAACGGAGGAUGAGAUCGACGACGAAGAAGUCAAAAUCGACCAUUCAAAUAUGAGUCUAUUGGCAGCUCCAUAUAGGAGCAAGCGUAUGUUCGCGUGUGAGCAAAGGACGGAAGCAGUGGAUGCGCUUCUUUCAAGGGUUCAGUGCUGGGUGGAAGUGUUCAACAAGAAAGAGUGA